AUGGCUCUGUCAGAGGCCAUUGGCAGUCUCUCUUGGAAGAUGAAGACUGGAUGGCUCUUGACUGGAUUCCUAUACUAUGGAAUGGUUAAUUACAUACAUCCUGGAGACCUGCGGGAUAUUGGUGCAGGUAAAGGUAAAUACUAUGCAGUGAAUUUUCCUCUGAGAGAUGGAAUAGAUGAUGACUCGUAUGAACAGAUCUUCAAACCUGUGAUGGCGAGGGUGAUGGAGAUGUAUCAGCCGAGUGCUGUGGUGCUGCAGUGUGGAGCUGAUUCUCUCUCAGGAGACCGGCUUGGCUGCUUCAACCUCACCAUCCGUGGUCAUGCGAAGUGUGUGGAGUAUAUGAAGUCAUUUAAUCUGCCGUUGUUGAUGCUGGGGGGAGGGGGUUACACCAUUCGCAAUGUUGCCCGCUGCUGGACCUAUGAAACUGCCGUCGCCCUGGAUACCGACAUCCCUGAUGAGUUGCCGUAUAAUGAUUAUUUUGAAUAUUUUGGUCCGGACUUUAAGCUGCACAUCAGUCCGUCUAACAUGACCAGCCAGAACACGCAGGAGUACAUGGACAAGAUUAAGCAGCAUCUCUUUGAGAACCUGCGCAUGUUACCCCACGCCCCCGGGGUUCAGAUGCAGCCCAUUCCAGAGGACAGUGUUCCUGAUGACACUGCAGACGAGGACACGGAGGACCCAGACAAACGCAUGUCCAUCCGAGCGUCAGAUAAGAGGAUUGCAUGUGAUGAAGAGUUCUCGGACUCUGAGGAUGAGGGGGAGGGGGGACGCAGGAACGUGGCCAAUCACAAGAAGGGAGUGAAGCAGGCACGGGUGGAGGGCGACAGGAAGUGUUUGAGCUGA